AAAAUCCACGUUGUGUAAUGUGGCCUCAUUCCACUCCUUCCAUUUAUACAGUAUUCAGAUAACAUUAAUAUGGCUCAGUGUAGCUCUUCAAACCACAAGGUGGGGGUGUAGAUUAUAAAUUAGCAGUCGUGUAGUAAAAGACACGCCUCCACAACCCUCCAGUAUUACCCUCCACCCACUUUCCUUUCUGUUCCCAAUAAUGCACACUUAGUAAUCAUCUUUCAGAUGGCAAAUCCAACUUGUUCUUUCUCUUUUAGCACCUUUAAACAUGCUGAUGUUAUAGUUUUCUGCCCACAAACACGCACUCACACUGCAUUGCAUCUUGUUUGUGUUUAUGUGUGUGUGCGUGUAAGACUACAGCAUGUUUGCCCAUCUUUGUAUUAGCCUGCUGAUUGUGUUAUUAGACUGCUCAGUUUAUGUGGUUAAUCCUUAGAUCAUCCUCCGUUCAUCCACUCAUCCUCUCAUGUUCUGCCCGUAAUCUCCUCAUCCCUCGCACUCCGUGGUGCCCGACAACCUCCGGCUGCUUAUCUGCACUUUAUCUGUCUUCACUUGAAUGCUUUUAUUUGCCCCAGUAUGAGAAUGGGCUUUUUUUUUUAGUACAGCUAAGUGGGUAUUGCAGAAGCCUGGAAGUCAAACAGACAGUUUUGAUUUCACUCUUAAUCUUACUUUUGAUGAUGAUGUUUUAAACUUUCGGCUUGUCUGAACAGCCUCUUGUUGGGAUCGAAAGAAGUCAUUCAAGGACUGCUUGGGGGCUUGGAGGUGUGAUUUGGCCUCUGACCAGGAGGGGGGAAAAAUGACAGAGAGGAAGAAAACAAUGCAGGGCAGCGGAGGCUUCGACAACACUGAGGUGCUAAACUGUCAGCAGCAGUGUGAGAAUGAUGUGAUCAAAGACUCCUGGAAGGAAGAGCCUGGAGAGUAGCAGAAGCCCCAAGUGUGAAGGGGAAGACAAGCUCUUUGCAGAUGGAGUGUGAAACUUGGCAGGCUGUCUAUUGAAGUAGUUUUCAAACUUUUUUUAUAUAAAGUAAAAUCAUCAGGUAAUGGCUUGGCAUGGUAUUUGUCACCCGGUGCGCAAACCUGUGCCGCGCUGGAGUUCUGCAUUUGAGCAAAGGAUUCACGUGCAGUGUGCUGUGCUGAAGAUUAAUGCCACUUCAUUACUCGUGUAGUCGAUGGUCGUUAUUCAAGAAACGAUGGCGAUUUGUUCGGCGGGUGCUGGCAUCUUUUCUUGCAUCUUUGAUGAGCCUUCCUGCUCAGGGCGUGUUUGGUGCCCCCAGUGGUGUCGUUUUCUUCUGAGAAAAAUCUGCUCAAUGCUUCAAUAUGUUUAGCUGUAAUGAUGCUAUCUUUAGCUCUCUGCUGGACGCGGAUUACCGUGGGGGUUUGGGAGCUGAAACCAGGUUGAUACAUAUUUUUAAAAAUGCAGCGAGCGCGAAGCCAAAACAAUGAUCUAAAAGGUGCUAAAAUGCUCUGUAAACCUAAGGGGAGCUGCAGAGCUUACACCGCUGUGGCUUCAUCCUCCUUGUUUUUAUAGAAAUAUCGUCCGGCACAGCUUUAAGUUGAAUGUGAUAACAGCCAGACUUGGGCCAUGUUGGCUUGGCGGUGUUAUGAAAAACGCUGCUCGGUAUGACCUAGUAUCGUUGCAGUCGUGACUUUUGCAGGAAAAAAAUGACUGAUGUGUAAAAUUACCGGCUCAUUUGCGUAACAAGGUGCGUGUCUGAGAGAGAGAGAGAGAGAGAGAAGAAAAGACGUCUAUUGCUCUCUCCCAGUGGUGCCAGCAGCCCCAGUUAACUCACCUACAUGGAGAAAGAGAAUAGAAGGAGAGAGAGAGAGUGAGGAGAGGAGAGGAGGACUGCGACAUGAGAGGAAAGCAGAGGGGAGGGGAAAGUUUGCAGGUGUGACAGAGGCAGAGAAGUAGGAAGGGGGAGGCGUUAGGCUAUCUGGGUGAGAUAGGAGGAGAGGAGGAGGACCGGAGAAGAGACAGAAGAGAUGAGCAGGCAAGGGCACAGCAGCAAAACAGAAGGCUGGGGGUAGAGGGAAAGCAAAGGAGCGAGUGGGAGAGGGAAAGAAAAGACUGAGUGGGAGUCGGGGAGAGAGAGAGAGAGAGAGAUAGAUAGAGGGGAAGGGGGGGUUGAAAGAAAAGAAAAGCAAGCAAGUAAGCAAGUGAGGGAGAGUGACAGGGACAGAAGCCAGGAGAGGAGGAGGAGGAGGUGGGGAGGGGAUUGGCAGGGCAGACAGAGCGAGCGGGGGCAGAGAGAGGGAGAUUUUGAAUCUGUGAGACAGACAAGAGAGACUGAGCUGGUGAGGUGACACAGGCUCGGCGAGGGAGAGAAAGCGAGGCAGCGUGAGAAGAGGAAAGGAGAGAGAGGAGAGAGGAGCGACGACAGUUUGAGUUGUUGCACAGAAUACGAUGAUGGGACUGUACUAUCCUAACGUGCUGUCGGGUUCUCAGGAUAGUGCUGGCGGUCAGGAGGGACUCGUCCCCCCACCUUUCUCUGCCUUCCCGCCUCCUCCACCACCGCCCCCCCAGAACGGCCUGGCCCUGGAUUACGGGGGCAGCCUGUAUGCUGCAGGGGCCGUCCAGGGUCCCGUGGAAGCCGGCGGAGCAGCGAAUAGCGCAGCCAACGCCGCUAACAGCCUCAGUGCCCAACAGUCAGAUGGGUCCUCCCAGAUUGACGGCCAGUCUGGGGUUGGCUCGGGAGGUGGAGGCGGCGGGGGGAACGCCGGAGACGAUUCGGACUCCAAGGCCACCCCCAAACGCCUUCACGUAUCUAACAUCCCCUUCCGCUUCCGAGACCCUGACCUACGGCAGAUGUUUGGGCAAUUUGGCAAAAUCCUUGAUGUGGAGAUCAUUUUUAACGAGAGGGGAUCGAAGGGCUUCGGUUUUGUUACGUUUGAGUCGAGCGCAGAUGCAGAGAGGGCCAGAGAGAAGCUCCACGGCACGCUGGUGGAAGGACGUAAAAUCGAGGUUAAUAACGCCACAGCCAGAGUGAUGACAAACAAGAAGAUGACCACGCCGUACUCGAACGGAGAGGGCCUUGCGGCACUGCCAUAUGCUGGAUGGAAGCUGAGUCCUAUGGUUGGAGGCAUUUACAGUCCUGAGCUCUAUACAGUACCAGGGUUUCCGUACCCAGCAGCAGCAGCAGCAGCAGCUGCCUCGACCGCUGCAACCUUUCGAGGCGCUCACCUCCGAGGUCGUGCUCGGCCAGUCUACAGCGCAGUCAGGGCCGCUGUCCCACAGCCUGCCAUCCCCACCUAUCCUGGUGUGAUGGCCUAUCAGGAUGGUUUUUACGGUGCAGCUGAUCUCUAUGGUGGCUAUGCAGCGUAUCGAUACGCCCAGCCGGCUGCAGUAGCAACGCCUGCGGCGGCAGCAGCUGCAGCGGCAGCUUACAGUGACAGUUAUGGACGAGUUUACACGGCAGAUCCCUACCACGCUGCACUUGCCCCAGCUGCCUACGGCGUUGGAGCCAUGGCUACGCUGUACAGGGGAGGCUACAGUAGAUUUGCUCCCUACUAAAGACACUACAUUUCCCAGGAGCUCCUCUCUUCCAUUGAAUUACUUUGAAAGAGCUCCCCCUGUUGUCACGGAGGUGGACUGCACCCAGUUUUAAAACGUGGACUUGACCACAAAGAAGAUAUUUCAGAUCCCACCCCAGAGCAGUCCCACGUUUUCUUAUAUACGCUACUACAGAAAUAGAGGAAUGCUGUAUUAAAGACUGAAGGAUGGCCUUAAUGUUAAAAAAAAAAAGAAGAAGAAGAAGAGAAAAAAAUAAGACUUAAGAUGGCCUCCUUCCCUAUUGCACGGCUGUAUUAUAGUCUCCCCUUCUUAUUCCCUCUGCACUCAGCAGCACAAGAUUUGGGACAGAGCCCAGAUGUUCUUCCAAAGGCUGCAUGUGGAUAACUGACACUUAAAACAGCCGUCACCCGUGUGCGUGUUUGUGUGUGUGAGUGCAUGAAAGAGCCGAGCGUUGUGUGGCCUGCACACGCUCUCCGCUGAAGGAAAAAGAAAGGGAAACACACAAUGGAGGUGUCCACAAAACAUCAGGGCAGUAGGAAGAAAGACGGUGCGCAGAAAGAGCACCGAGAAAACAUUCUGAACCAGAAUGACGAGUCAAAUGAUAAAACCACCCACGGAUGGAUUUUAUAAUUCCUCCUCGACGUGGGCGGAUAGUAAGGAGAGGAUUUCCAAUCCCGCGGUGUUCUUUCUGGCAGAGGGAGACUGAAUGUGGCAGCUUGGAGAGAUGAUGUGACGGUUUAUAACGCUAUAGAAAUCACGUCCGAAAGCUGAAGGAGGGAGGGUUUAUUAGAGCUGUUCCUUACCUCAAGUUUUCUUAGUAUGUGGAAAUGGUAAACCUUUAAACUUAAAAUUGUUAUAUGCAAAGAAAUUAGUUUAGAGAGAAAAAAAAGUUACCAAAUUAUUAUUAUUAAUGAUAUUUGUAAUUGUAAUUAUUCUCAUUAUUACUCUUAUAAAACCAUUCUUAUGUUUGAGUCAGCAGCCGCUGCUGUCAUGGAUUCAACAGUGAACCCUGGGGUUAAAAAUCAUUAACAAAGUACAAAUAUGCUGUCAGGUAUAUGAAAACAGCUUAUAUCCGUGCACGGGACUUCACCCGACACUACAAACAUGGCAACACUACACAGAAGAAGAAGGGGGGGGAAAAGGUUCCCGUUUAGUGGAGUUUACACCCAAACUAAACCCUGGGGUUCAAAUAGUGGUUGGUCCUUUUAAUGUAGGAAUAUAUUAUUUGGAUCCCCGCCCCCUCAUAUUCCAUCUUUUGUAGAGUGUCCAGCAAUGGAUGAGUCUUCCUGAAACAUACUUCUGUUGGUAUUGUGUUUAAGAUGCUGCAGCAGCAACUGCUGAGCAAGAGAGAGAGAUUCAGUUAGUGAGUUUGUAGUAAAUAUUUAAAUGCAAAACACAAUUGUGCAUAUUUCUAUUCCAUUGUAUUCUAUAUUUCCAAAAUGUGGCUUUUUUUUUUAUUUUUGGGCUUUUGUUUUUGUUCCAAAGAUUUGUAGAAAGCACAUUUUUCUGCCGUAUGUAUAAAUAUAUUAUCUUUGUUAUUGUUAUUAUCAUAAUCCUACAGCUGUUUUUAUUAUUUACUUUCAUCUUCUGUGUUGUUCCUUGUCCUGUAAGGUGCAAGGACAUUUUCAAGUGACUUUGUUUUUUCUCUUGGGAGUAAAGUUCUUCAGCUGGAAAGCAUAGCUGGUUGGGGACAAACAAAGGUAUGCGUGUCACACCACCAAACUUUUGUCCUUUUGGUUGACUAUUCAGUCAUUUUUUGUUUGUUUGUUUGUUUGUUUGUUUUUGAUUGAUCAUAGGAUCUGCUAGCUUGACAUUUAUCAUAUUUCAAAAUAUACAGUAACACUUUUUUUUGUGUACGUGUGUCCAUGUUUUGCAAGCGACUGAGCUAUUUGGAAUGAGUGAACAUAGGCCUGUAGCACUUGAGUUAAAGCAGUCUUUAUUGUUUUGGUUUGAAAUCUUAAUGAUUCCUUACAUUUCACUGGCUAAAUCUGUCAGCUUGGCUACUCUGGAUUUGUUUGAAAAAAGUGUUAUCGCUCAUACAUGCACAGGUUAAGGUUCCUGGCGAAAAACAAUUUGUCAGCAUUGGGAUAUGAAGUUGUUUUUAUCCAUCUUCAAAGCGACCUUUUGUGUUUUCUGCUUCUCACAAUCAGGAAAACAGGCUUUUCAUUAACAUGCUUUUUUUUCUCCCUUUCUUUUAAAUGUGCUGCUGUUGGAUUUUCUCAAGUCAUUUAGUGUUACUUUAAAAAAAAAUCUCCAUAUUAAUGUAGAAUGUGCUUCAGACACUUUUAAUUUUUCUUUUUUUUAAAAAAAGAAGAAAAAAAAGGCACUAGCCAAAGAUGCUAACAGUACCCAGCAUGUUCUGGCUUGACAUGUGCUACACAAAAUACUCUAAGAUGGACUUUUGGAGCCACUGAAGGCAUGGACAAACCAGCAUGAGCGAUACUUGUCGAGUUAUAUAUAAAAAAAUAGUUUUGCAUGACUCUUGUGUCUUUUCAUAUUUGAUUCCUGAGCAGCAGAGCCCAGCUGCGUUCUUCUUUACCACUAAACUCCAUGACAGGCAGCUAGCGAAUCUAAGCUAGUUAACGCAUCAAAGAGCACAGUGCUGUUUGGCAAAAAGGCCCGGUGACAAACAAAAUGGCUGCCGCACAAAUGACACGUGGCAGCUUCAUUUUUUUUCCUGUCGUGGUUUUCUUGCCAGUGUAUUAUAGUAAACUAUGUGGUCAUCCUUCAUAGUUGCUAUGGUUUCUCAAUGGACAGUCCCCUUUCCUCUGUCAUGUCUGUAUUCCCCCUUGACUGCCAUUAUGUUUUUUUGUUAUUGAAUGUCCAUAUAAAAUGUUUUAUAUAAAAAUGUUUUGUUGUGAUUGAACUUC